AUGAGUGUGCGCAAGGCGCAUAAUUCAGGACGGAAUCAUUUGAGGAACGUGUUGGAGUACUAUCAACAGAUCGGACAGGAACAAGCUCAAUCGGUCAUCGAUUCGAUCACGUCGUCUUACGCCGCUGAAGGGCAGGCUGUUCCUAACCCUGUCAUGGUUCCACCGGGUGCCUACCCCCCGCCAUUCGGUUUCCCAGGUCGACCGGGUCAAAUGCCACCACCUCCAUUUGGAAUUCCUCCUCCAGGAGCACCUGGAGCCGGUGCACCCGGGAUGCCACCUCCUCCCGGUGGCCGUGGCCUUCCCUUCCCUCCCCCAUUCCCUGCCGGUCCCGGAAACCUCCCCCCGCCUCCUAUGCCUGGCAUGCCACUACCGCCUGGUGGCCAAGGUCUCCCCCCGCCACCCCCUGGUGGCUUCCCGAACUUCCCGAUUCCCCCUCCUGGUGCACCGGGAUUCCCUGCCAUUCCGCCUCCGGGCGCCGGCUUCACCCCGAGUCCCAGUCCUGGCACACCAGUGGCCCCGGGACAUGAUGGCUUUGGUGGGCCACCGCCGAUGCCUUCGUUCGCGGGUCCACCUCCGGGAGCUCCUUUGCCAGGUCCUCCGGGGCCUCCUCCGGGUCUUGGUGACGGGCGGUGA